AUGUCGCUCUACUGGGAGCGUGUACUUUCGAAUUCACCCACCCAACAGAAUGUAGAUCAUUCUGGAUUGAGCGCGUCAACCACGGCUGCUGCUCAACAGAACAAUCCAUCCACGAAUUGGGAUUAUAUUAAUCUAGGAAGUGGUCCACCUCAACAACAACACUACCAUUGGGGUCAACAUAUCGGUUCGCAUGUGGAGGGAAAUCGCUCCACAGGCUCUCCCGGAUAUGAUCCUUACGGAGCUGCCGUAAUGGGAGGCUAUCAACAAGCUGCUCAAAAUGUUGUCUAUCCGUACCAGCAGCAACAACAUCAUGAAGCUUCUCCUAAUCGUUAUGCACAUGGUGCGGCUUCUCAAACAAGCAUCAAUCAGCCUGUUGAUCAAAAUCAUUAUAUUCAACAACAACGGCAUCAUCAGCAGCAACAUCAGCAACAGUUAUCUCAACAACACCAAUCUCAACAACAACAACAACAACAACAACAACAGCAACAGCAACAAAUUUUGCAUCAACAACAACAAUCAAACCCGACAGCGGUCUCUAACCCUUCGCCAGCAGUAACACAGCAAGCUCAACAUACUCUAGUUCCGGCAAGGCAAAAUACGCAGUCGUCAAGUCAUCAAAAUAGAUCGGUUGAGCCUCAGAGUGUAGUACUGCCGCCGCAGCCGCCAACAUCGUUCACGCCACCAACAUCGCUGACACCGCCGUCCUCGAAUGCCCAAUCGUGUUCCGAACAGCAAUCUGUUCCUCUUGCCGUGAUUUCUCCUGCUGUAGCCCUACCGAACUCCACAAUUCCUCAACCACAUUCAUUUCCAACGGUGCCUCCGUUCAAUUCACGGUCCAGUCCUCAACAACACCACCAGGGAUUCACUGGCACGAUUGCAACUUCUACAAUUCCACAGGAAACUUGUCCAAGACGAAGUCCCGGCGAGACUUCGUCACGUCGAUCCUCGCUCACCUAUCUUGCAGUUCAACCUCUGUUAUCCGUACAGUCUCCACCGGCAACAGGAGUUGUUACUGAUAUUGCACGUGUCGGUGAUUCCGCCCAAGUGACUCCUGAAUCGACAUACUCUGUGGAUACCUUCGGAUCUGGAAUUUCAUCCACCGAUCAUCCGACACAUCAGCGAGGAGUCAGCUCUUCAUCAGGCGGUGCCCAGCAGAGUGCAGCACGAACGGAGGACAACUGGGAAGAUGAUUGGGAGAGGACGGAACAUCCGGAUAGAGGCGGCGUCAGAGAGAUUACGCCGAGCGACGCUGCGAGCCAAACUCAAUCGGAACCACCUGGAUAUCCAUCAAGUUUUCCAGAUACACCAUGCGCGACUAGAGAGGGUUCGGUGGCACUAGCAACAGAUAAUGACACUACACCUCAUCGUAGUGAACCUGGCUCGGAUGUGGUGAGGGUAGCUCCUGUUUCAACUGCAUCCCCACCGGUUGUUGGAGUGCCAAGAUACGAAGAUGCCAGUCGAUCUCAAGAUCAUGUGCCGGCUGUUGCUCAGGUUGCUCCGUUACGACCAGAGCCAGAAUCAAUGCAAACUGUGCCACCUCCUGUAGCCCUUGCACCAGCUGUUCAAAUGCCAUCACAAGUUGACGGAGUGACGACAAGUACAUCUUACUCUGAACCCGUUGACUCUUCGACUCAACUUCAAAUGAACGAUGAUGAACAAACACAAGAAGACGAUCCUGAUGUGUCUGUUGCUGUUGGCGUUCCCUCAGAGUCUAACACUCAAAGCUCCGAAAGGACGCAGGAACCACUCGCUGCCACGCCUGAGCCCAGGACUGCAGAAAGUGUUCUAAGUCCGGUGACUGUUCAAGCGACAAGUACUCCAAUGGGUCCCGAAGAAACGAACAAAGAUGCGAAGACCAUAUACCCCAGGAUUGAAGACCGCGAAACUUCUAGUAGAGAAUGCGAGGAUCAUCAAAAUCAAGCGAACCCCCAUUCUGCAUCAGCUGCAGCAGCCGACCAGAGCGACAGCACUACCGGCUCUCUUUCCACCAGGAAUGGUCCGGAACGACGAAGUGUUCAGAGCCGCUACAAGAAAUUUAAGGAGCACUUCUCUGGUAUUAUGGGUCGUUUGGAUCAAUAUCGAGUCGAGCCAUCCCGAAGCGAAUUCCGAUCGUCAUCGCGAACAGGAAAUCCACUCAUGGCGAACGCUGCGAAUAGCUAUGGUCGUCGUUCCGUUUUGGCAGUAGCAAAAAAUCACGGAACUCAAGGUCGUUCUGGUGCUACUUCCAUGUUGUACAACAGUAAAACUGAAGAAGGUAAUGACUCCUUGUUUUCACAUCCGGAUCCCCUUUUGAAUUUGUCGUUUGACUCAAAUCGUCCUGCUGUUUACGGUGAUGAUUUCGUGGAUGCAGCGAGACGGUCGCGGCUGAGCCGUCUUAGCCGUCCCAGCAGUCGAGCAAAACCUGAGUAUUCUGAGGGUGUCGAACAGCAUGAACCUAGAGCUUACACAGCAUCGAAACCAUAUCCUGGACAUUAUCCUUCUGGCCGUCGGUCAGCACAUGGUUCUAUGGGUGCUAAUCAUCCUCAGGAAUACUAUGUUCAACAGUCGCAUAUGUACAAAGAACGCCGUCGGCCGUUAUCAUCGUAUGAUGCGAGAGCUAUGGAAAGAUUCCAACGAUCUGGUGGACGAUAUGGUUACUAUGACGCUUAUGAUGAUGCUCAUAGCAGUGUGUCUGAGGGAACUGAUUCUGAUGAUCCGGAGAGAGGAGACAGCGAAGAGGAGAUGAGGAAAUAUACCCGAAAAGGACGAUAUGCUCCUGGUGAAGCCUUGGAUCCCUUCACCAUCGGCGAGGAGAUGUACUAUUUUGGUGCUAUCCAUCUCGAUCAGGCCCGUGUUCGCUCAAUUCUCGUCAACGAACCUCCACCACCCGAGUAUCACCGACUGCCACCGAUUGAGAAGGCUGCCUAUUUAUUUUAUGUGGCUGUUUACAAAAAACAAUACAACGAUUUGGGCGAUUUCCAUCGCAAGUUUAAUCGCGAGUACUUCAAAUACACUUGCGAUGGUGACCCCGACAAUAUGGCACUAUGGAAGAUAUGCAAGUCUAUGCAAGAAGAAUAUCUCACGAAGAAGCUGGCCGAAUCACAGAAAGCAUACGAAGCUAGUCAACGCCAGUUGUUCAGCGAUGAACGGGAAAGUGUGGAUGGAAAAAAUCCCGACUUUGUCCCCCUCGGGGAGAGACCACGGCGUCUGAUUUUGAGAACUAUUUCUGCUCCAUCUUUCAUGAGUGAAAGGGCCAGCAUGGAUGAAAAUCACGAUGACCGAACUUCAGACAUUCUGAGCAUAGAGUCUAGCCAGCGAGCUCCUCUAAAAUAUCGCGUGCCACAUGCAUUUAUCACGUUCGGUGCUGGCGGGAAAAUGGUGAAGGUCCAUCCGGAUUUGUCCGUGUCGGUUGUACAGAUCGAUGACAUCAAGACAGCGCUUACUGAUUCUCACACGAUGCGUCUGAUUGAUUGCGCCCAAACAUUCAAAGGUCCGCUCCUCAUUGGCCAAACUCCAACUCAUUCUGUUCGCCUGUACAUUGAACGCCAAAUUAAACGUAUUAAAAGUUGUGAGGUCGCCUCUGAGAAUCCACGUGAUAAUGACGUCAUCGAUUGUUUGUUGAUUUGGCAGUUGCUGGGCAUUAUCGUGCAACAGCAGGGUCGGGUGACAGGGCCAGAUGUUGCUCGUCUUCUGGUGGAGAUUGGAUCUGCUCCAUACAGAGAAGCCUCUUCUACGCACCACCAUCAUUCUCAUCGAGAAAAGAACAGCACACCAACGGAGAGCGCGUCCACAGCCAUCUCUACCAUGCGAAACCAUGGGCAUUCAGAUAAUAAGGCUUAUGAUCGAUUCACCGAGUUACUUCUUGGAGGACACGUUUGUGAAGCGAUCGAGAGUGCGAUCCGUGAUGGGCUGUAUGCCGAUGCUAUGAUUCUGGCUAGGCGCUUAUUAUCGAAUGACGUAGCAAAACUUAUCGAAAUCGAGGAGCGAUUCCUUGCCACCAGACCGCAAUAUAAUCCUGUAGUGACACUCGUCUCAGUAGCUACCAAGAAACAUGUCCCGAUUCUUAUGAAUCCCACCAGCGAUGACUCGGGAUGUUGGCGGACACAUGCCGCGAUUGUCCUUGCAAAUCUUUCCACUCAAGAAGCUAUGGAGUCUGUUUACGACCUCGGGAAGGUUCUUGCGAAGAGGGAUUAUAAUAACGCAGCAGAUUUUUGCUUCUUGGCUGUUGCUGUAUUGGCCGGGGUUAACCCAUUCAAGACACUUGAAGCAAACCCCGAUGAUGGAGUGUCACGUCAGCAUAUUACGUUGAUCCAUAGUGGACUUCCGGAUGAUGAGUACGAAACGAUGCAGUGUCGUUAUGGCUUCUCCCUCACGGAUCUCCAUGCCACUGAAAUUUUCGAUUACGCCAUACGACUCUCUGAUGCCAAUGCAUAUUCUCCACUUGGCGAAUCUGUUGAGUAUCAAAGAAGACGCAUACAGUACGCGCACCUCAUAGCGGAAUUUGGAGGCUUUGCCACGGAUGCAUUCAGAUACUGCAUGGAAAUAGCUCGUUCCAUCUGGAACUACUGUCAUCUACUGUCUACGCGAGAACUUGUAGAACUUUGUGACUUAGCUGAUAGAUUACGGUUCGCUGCAUCCGCUGGUGAUUGGGAAACGUCGUGGAUUCCUAGCUUGCGUGCCAUGAUCCAACAGAAGGAACAGUGUCAAUCUAGCGAAGUGCCACACACAGAUACUUCAACAACUCAGCAAUCAGCCCCACCUGUUCCACACUCUCCUUAUGAAAACACGCAAACCAGCACCCAACCUGAUGUACGUACAGAGGAAGCUAUCACGGCUCCUGAGCCGGAGCUUUCGUCAACACGAAGGUCGAGAACUGAAUCGCUUGCCGCCGAAGCUCGCGACUGGCAUGCUCAACGGCAAGAUCCUCUUCAGAUGAGUCCAGUAGCGCCUCCAUCUGUCGCGAACUCUGCGAUGGAAGACAACGAUGGACCUGUUUCACGUUCGCGUACUCAGAGCAAUGCCAGCCAGCAAGUAUAUACAAUUGAUCCAUAUUCCGCUGAUGCGUAUUCACCUCUCACAAUGUCAUCACAUGUAGCAGCAAGACGACAAGGGAGCAUGGAUGAAGCAUUCACCAAUUCGGAUGACACCAGCGUACGUUCAACAGCGGAGAGUACACCCGUUCGCACUAUGAAUCAACAUGCUGAAAGUGUAUCGCCGGUCCCACCACCAAUGCCGGAUCUUUCUCAUACUCCUCAAAUGACUGUGCCUCCACAAAUGUCACAAAAGGUUACACAUCUUUCUCAGCCUCAACCUCAAACUCAAGCUCAAUCUCAGCCGCGAGCUACACCAUCUUCGCAACCGAACGGAUUACCGGAUUCGAAUCUUAAAAAGAGCAGCUCCAAUCAAGGGUCUAAGGGAUUUUUCGGAAAUAUGAAGGAGAAAUUAUUGAAGGCUAUUCCUAGUGGAAACGAAAUGAUAUUGCCUGAUGAUAGUAAACCUACGAUUGUUUGGGAUCCCGUAAAAGGCCGAUACGUGGGCGCUGGCGUUGAGGAAGAGACGGCAGCUGCCCCGCCACCUAAAAUGGAUAGCCUGGCCACUAACAACUCCAGUUCGGGUGGACUCCGUGCUGCUCGUACAAGCGGAGGUUCUCGAUAUUUCAAUCCUUUGAAUCAGGCAGCAACGAAUGGUGCUGCUUCACCAACACCAGCUGCGCCAAUCACGGCCAUGCCAGUUCCUACACAGUUCGGAUUUAUUCCUACUAUGCCUGAUGAUGCUAGUGAUUCGGUAGAUCCAUUCAGCGGCCAAGCGAAUCCGACUGUGCAUGGAGUAGAAGUUUCUCCGGCACAGUGA